CUGUUUGUACCAAACUCAGACGUGUGCUGUGAUCUGCACUGAGGCUCACUGGAACGACUUCAUAAAGUCACUUCAUUUCUUAGGACAAGAAGGAGUUGUAUGCAGGAGGCAUAAUGGUGUAUCAUAAAGAAUUUGACAAGGCAGGCAAGAACCCUGGCCUUCAGAUCUGGAGAAUUGAAAAAAUGGAACUGGCACCUGUACCUGAAAGUUUACAUGGAAAUUUUUUUGUAGGAGAUGCUUAUGUUGUGUUACAGACAGUUAAGCAGAAGGACAAUUAUUUUUACAAUCUGCACUUUUGGCUGGGUAAGGAAUGCACUCAAGAUGAGAGUACAUCUGCUGCAAUAUUCACCGUGCAAAUGGAUGAUUACUUAGGAGGAAAACCUGUGCAAUACAGAGAGCUUCAGGGAUAUGAAUCAACAACUUUUACUUCUUAUUUCAAAGGAGGAAUUAAAUAUAAGGCUGGUGGUGUUGCUUCAGGGUUUCAACAUGUUGUUACCAAUGAUCUAUCAGCUGAAAGGCUAUUACAUAUUAAAGGAAGAAGAGUGGUCAGAGCAUCAGAAGUUCCUCUCAGUUGGUCAAGUUUCAACAAAGGAGACUGUUUCAUCGUUGAUCUCGGAGCCACAAUUUACCAGUGGUGUGGCUCAAACUGCAACAAGUAUGAACGUCUCAAAGCUGCUCAGGUCGGAGUUGGCAUUCGUGACAAUGAGAGAAAUGGAAGAGCUCAGCUAGUCGUCGUAGAAGAUGGAAGUGAACCACAACACAUGAUCAAGGUCUUGGGAAGAAAGCCAGAACUACCCAAAGGAGAUGACAACGAUGAUGAAGUAGCAGACAUUUCCAACAGAAAACUGGCAAAGCUGUAUAUGGUGACAGACUCUAGUGGGUCCAUGCAGGUGUCUAUGGUAGCAGAUGAAAAUCCGUUCCCACAAAAGCUACUGCUCUCUGAGGAAUGCUUUAUAUUGGACCAUGGAACCAACAAAAUUAUAUACGUCUGGAAAGGUAAAAAUGCUAAUCCUAAUGAGAGAAAGACAGCAAUGGCAACUGCAGAAGGUUUUAUUAAGCAGAUGGGCUAUCCUCCAAACACACAGGUUCAAGUGCUUCCGGAAGGCGGAGAAACCCCAACCUUUAAGCAAUUCUUCAUGGACUGGAGAGAUAUUGACCAAAGUGAGGGGUUUGGAAAAGUUUAUGUCACUGAGAGGAUCGCAAAAAUCAAACAGGUCCAGUUUGAUGCCUCCAAACUUCACGAAUCUCGUUACAUGGCUGCACAAUACAACAUGGUUGACAAUGGCACAGGAAAAACAGAGAUAUGGCGUGUUGAAAGCAACGGCAGAGUCCCAGUUGAUCCAGCCACCUAUGGACAGUUCUACGGUGGAGACUGCUACAUAAUUCUAUACACCUAUAACUGCGGUCAGAUUAUUUACACAUGGCAAGGCUCAAAUGCAAGCAGAGAUGAACUGACUGCAUCAGCCUUUCUGACUGUUCAGCUCGAUCGCUCGCUUGGUGGACUAGCAGUUCAGGUCAGAGUAUCUCAAGGCAAGGAGCCACCUCACUUAUUAAGCUUAUUCAAAGAAAAGCCUUUGAUAGUUUUUAAAAAUGGAACAUCAAGAAAGUUUGGUGAAGUCCCUGCUCCUCAAACACGUCUCUUUCAAGUGCGCAGAAACCUGGCGUCCAUUACUCGAAUUUCAGAGGUCGAUGUGGAUGCAAUGUCUCUGAACUCAAAUGAUGCUUUUCUCAUGAAACUUCCUAAAAAUAAAUCUUAUAUUUGGGUGGGGAAAGGAGCCAGUGCAGAAGAAGAAAAGGGAGCAAUCUACAUUAAUGAGGUUCUACAGUGCAAAGCCGACAGGAUUUUGGAAGGAGAUGAACCAGAUGAAUUUUGGAAGGCCCUGGGGGGGAAAAAAGAGUACCAAACCUCUCCUUUGUUAGAAAACAAAAUAAUGGACCAUCCUCCACGUUUGUAUGCAUGUUCCAAUAAGACUGGUAAAUUUAUUAUUGAAGAGAUUCCAGGAGAAUUCACACAAGAUGACUUAGCAGAGGAUGAUGUAAUGUUGUUGGAUGCAUGGGAUCAGGUAUUUGUGUGGAUCGGCAAAGAAGCAAAUGAUGUUGAGAAAACAGAGUCUGUCAAAUCAGCAAAACGCUAUAUUGAGACAGAUCCAUCAGGCAGAGAUAAUGGGACACCGAUCGUCAUUGUGAAACAAGGCCAUGAGCCAUGCACUUUCACUGGCUGGUUUUUAGCAUGGGACCCCACUAGAUGGAACAGUGAUCCUGUUGCCCAGGCCUUGUCUGCUAUGAAAGUGGCAUAAGAUUUGGGAAACUGGAGCUAACAAAGAAACAUGAAGUUUCACUUCCCAAAGCUCCAAGACACUUCACUUAAAGUAAACAUAUCGCAUUGAGUAAAACAUUUAUUUUGUGCCUUACUAAUAUAUCUGCUUUAGCUACAUUUUUUGUGAACGGCCAAAUAAAAGUUAAUAUAUGGAUGUGAAUUUGGAAAAAUAUUCAGUGAGACAGUUGCUCAGGGGUUGCAAGUUCUAUAAAUAUUUGAUUAGACGAUUAUUGUGAGUAAUUAACACAUAAAAUUUGAAUAAAUGUUUCGUUGCAAACACCAGUAAGUUUUAUUACUUAACAAUAAGGAUAUUUCCCAAGUAUUCUUAGAUGAUUGUUUAACAGAAGUUAAUAUAAAAUAUAUUGUAUAGUCCAUUAAAGAUGCAUACCUAAUCUAAUAUAUAAAUGUAUUUUAUUAAGGGUACAAGAAACAUUUAGACAACAACAUGUCAUUACCUAUGUACAACUCAAUGAUUACUGGUUUUGUGAAAUGUUCAAAAUUAACAUUAGGUUUGAGUUUCUUUUAAGGUGCCAAUUUCAAGUACUUUUACAUGUACAUGUAUAUACAACUAUCUGUAUGAACAAAUGUUUCUUGUGCCCUUGAAGAACGUAUUUUAAAUUGACAGAUGGCAACAACUCUGUAAAUGUUUUAAUUUCUUAUGUAUAAAAGGUUUACAUUUAUUUGCAUUAAGCUUCAUUAACCAUGUAGCCUUCCACACCUGUAGUGAUUAGUCAAUAGUUUUCAGCUAAUCUACCUAAACAAGUGUAAAUUGCAAAUUUAACCAACAUCAGUUUUAUUUAAACAAUUUCUAUAAAUUAAAAGCAGUAGCAGUUCUGGACUAAUCUAUGAGGCAAGCCAUAACUAACAUUAUCUAAUUCAGGAAGAGAUACAGCUGAAAAUAGCAGUUGCAUGGUGUAUUUUAUGCAAAACGUCUGAAAAUAUAAUUCAGAUUCAUUAAAAAAUAUAUUUUUUGAAAGAUAAUGUACACUUCAUUGCUUUCAAUGGUGACAUUGUGUUGUUAUCACUGCUGUCCUUCAGCUCCAGUCAAGUUCAUUUGUGUGCCUUUGUAGAUUUUUACUGUCUAUUCUGCUUUCCUCCGAUGUUUCCCAAAUUAAUACAUUGUAAAGUAGGACACAAACAAUGAUGAAGAGUUAGGGCAUCACCUUGGUGACCCCCAUAGAACUGAAUGAGAAAAAACAAAGAAAACAUGCAGAAAAUGCAGAGUAGUCUUUUCAGACCCGAGUUCUACUUAGCAACUGAAUCAAGUCGGCCGAUUUCCAGGUUAUGAGUUCAAGUGGCAGGAAGGGGAGGGUCAGGUGGAUGAACACGGAAGUGACAUCAGAGGAGGAGUGGCUGCCAGCCUUCCAUUCUGCAGAGAGAGAAGAGAAGGCAUUAGUAUACAGCACCAACCCCUGUUCCUGCAGGUACUUACCAUUACCAAAGCCCUUAAGCUCUCCCUCAUGUGCACCACAUUUUAGGUUAAUUACAAACACUGAAUUGGCCCUAGAUGUGGGAGUGAGUAUGUCUUGCCAAAUGCAUCUGGGAUGUUCUAUCACUUCCUUUGAUAAUGAAACAGAAGAUGUAGGGGUAUUGUUUUAAAGUGUUUUCAUUCUUUCUACAUAAAGCAUAUUAAAUUAAGAUCUCUGGUGUAUAAAGUAAUGCUAACUGCCCUGGAUAACUGUUAAUAUAUUUUGCCUUUCAUAGUCGUUUACAUUAAUUUACAUGUGAGAAGCUGAUCUACAGUUACUGAUUCCAUUAUUCAUUUUUGUGCAGGAUAUUUUUUUUGUGUGUAAGUUGUUUUAACCUCCAUCCCCUGAACUUCAGGGUCUCAAGGAGAUGAAAUACAUCCUGGUAACAUCAGGCGCAAGAUAGUAACCAACCUGUUCUGGGUUUUCAGGGAGAUGAUGCCUAUCGUGCAGGUCAGGUCAGGUCAGGUUAGGGAGCAUGCACUGGUACAGCGUGUUGCUGCACCCAUCUAUCUUGCAUCAUGAAAUAAUUGACAAGAAACAGCCCGCAAGAAGGCACCAGACUUUCAGUGAGCACAGUCAGGCAUACAUCUUUACUCCAAUUUAGGGUCACCAGUUAACAUCUCUGGGAUGUGAGAGGAAGACCAUAUUUCCUUGACAAAAGCAGAAAUUGAGGCAACAUGAAACACCACGCAGACAGUGAACCCAGAUUACUUGGGUGGUGUGCCAACUGCCCCAAAAUAUUGAACAACCAUGCCACGCUUGUUUUUUAAUCAUGAGUUUGAAUAAAAGCUAAAUAAUUUCUUUCACUGUAAGUCGCAACUCAGUAGUUUAUUGCCAUGUGCCAGUGUCAUCAUGUGGAUACAUGUCACACUCUGCCCUGAGUAAACCUUAAAGGCUAUGUCACAUUACAUGACUUUUCCAGUGAUUUUCAGUCAUAGCCUUCUUUUACAUAAUCUUAGGAAGUUGGAGGCUCCCAUGACAGCCAGUCAUCUAGUCAAAUAAACCUGGCAAAUAAGUCCAACCAGUCUGGGACUCACUCCAAUAACAUCUAACAGGUUUAAUUUUGUCUUUAGUUGUAGGGCAGGGUUUUGUGUGCAUGACAGCUGGCAACUAAUCAGUGCUCAUCUGGAAGCACAAUGCAGCAAAUUCAGCAACAAUGAAUAAGGAACACGAGUGUUUUGGUCCUCCCAAGCAGAAGAGAAACUUGUCUGUCUGAUGUAUUGUGUUUUAUGUACCACAACAAAAUGGAAAAACGAAAAAAAGGGACUCGCUGUAGCUCUUAACUCACUGAACAGCACCAGCUCCAUCAGUCGGAGGGGGUGGUGAGUACAACUGUGCUAGAAGUGCUUUUCAGUCAUCUAAAUUGACAUGGUUUGGUGACGAGAUCAGCAGCUAUAAUCUGACAUACCGAACAACUAAAAGUCGUGCAAUGUGACAUCAGCCUAACAAGCAUGUAGCCCCCACUUCAGCAGAGUGCCUAUAUAUGCUGACUGAACUUACAGAAUCCUCAAAGCCUGUUCGUGAAUCUACCUGAUAAUCUCCUUUCUUGCUUCCUACUUAAGAUAAAAUUUUAACAGACCCCUGUUUCAUAAGAAAAUACUCAAUAUUCGUUUACCUGCCACACAUUCAGUUUCACACUUUUCUAUUAACUUUUACACUUCUCUGUGUUUCUCCCUUCACACAUGUGAGAUUACAUCUUGCCUAAAGAAGGGCUCUGAGUUUCCUCGAAAGCUUGCAUAUUGUAAUCUUUAUAAUUAGCCAAUUAAAGGUGUCAUUUUACUUAAUUUGUCACUGGGCUAACACAGUACAACACCCUAGCACUCCCUUCACACAUGGGAUACUGGUUACUAUUAUAAGUAAAAUUGGUAUUAAUAAAACUUGUACAAAGGCUCCAACUCUUUUGCUUGUCUGUUACACACUAACUAAACAUUCAUCACUUGUCCUCCAAACAUUACAAAUGAAGCAAAGAUGUUAUAGAGAGACACAAAAACAUAAUGUUAACAUGUGUUGUGGAGAAGAGGAAUGAAUGCAGUUUCAAAAUUUUGGGUCCACCAACCCCCUUUUAAAUGAAAUGAAAAUAAAUUUAAAGUUACUAAGUAAAAUAACAGCCACUGCUGCUAACAAUUUACAAGUCACUCUUUAAACUGGUGAGAAUUUUGGUCAUCUCAUUCCCUCUUGCACCUGGGUCAAAUGAAGACACUGCUGCUUUUAUAACUGUAGGCCUCUGAGACAAAAUGGGUGGGGCUUUGGAGGGAUACAUGGGCGUGGUCAGGGAUGCAUGGGUGUGGUCAGGCAUCAUCUGACUGCUUUUCUUCAGGGCUGUAGACGGAAAGACAAGGUUGUUAACAACAGCGCCUCCACUAGUCCCAGGGUGGUAGCGCUUACUUUGUCAGAACUCCUAAUCACAUGUGCAUCACAUAGGAUAUCAAUCCACAAAUAUAUAUUAUCAUGGCAUAACAUUCUUAAAUCCUCUUUAUUCCAUUCAGAGCCACAGAAGGUUUUAGCCUAUUUCAGCAUUACUUGGCACAAGGCAAGAAAUAUCCCUGGACAGGAUGCCAUUGCAUUGCUUAGCCUGGUCAUGCACACAACCAAGAAGGGGCCAAUUUAGAGUCACCAAUUUACUAAGUAGGCAUGUCCACACAUGGAAGAGAAUGUGCAAACUCCACACAGACAAGGUCAUGGUGCAGGGAUCAAACCCAGGGUAUGUAAUGGCAGCACUAUACUACUCUAUUAUUUUUUUGGUAUAAACUAAUACCCACUAGUUUAGUCACCAUUCCAAACUUAUGUUGCAUGCUUUCUUUCACUGGGAAAAGCUAUUAGGUUUUAACAAAAUGUUAUAAAGCCGUCAGCAACUCACCUUAAUACUAUAAUAAUUAAAGGCACUUUUUUACUGCUUUAUCAAAUUAUAGUGACUAUAAUGACACAUUACUUUAAGAUAUGUAAGAUGUAAUAAGUAACCAAUUAUCUUCACGGCCUACCUGACAUUUUUAAAAACUCUUAUUUUUUGUCAUUAUUAUAGUUUUAGUAUUAAGAUAUAAAUUGUAUAUUUCAUUUAUCAUCUUUGAGAAUUUAUGUAUACAUUUUCUAUGCCUUGCUUUGUUUGAAAAAAUAUGAACCUGAGGGUAUAUAAUAAAAUCUCCCCACAGAAUUA